AUGGGAGAUUUAGUGCCAGCAACCGAAAAACCUAAAGAAGGAGGGAGUCCUUCCUCUUCAAUCCAAUGUCCUAUGUUCAAUUCAACUAACUACACCGUUUGGAUUGUGUGGAUGCGAGUUUGUCUCAAAGUCCACAAAGUCUGGGAAACAAUAGAGACAGGAUCAACAGAUGAAGAGAAGAACAUCAUUGCAAUGGCGUUAUUAUUCCAAUCCAUACCCGAAUCACUGGUUCUUACUGUCGGCGAGUUAAGCACAGCAAAGCAAGUAUGGGAAGCAAUACGGACAAGGUAUGUGGGUGCUGAAAGAUUCAAAGAGGCUCGUCUACAGACUCUGAUGGCUGAAUUUGACCGAUUACAGAUGAAAGACACAGAAACAAUAGACGAAUUCUCUGGAAAAUUAUCUGAAAUCUCGUCAAAAUCAGCUGCACUCGGAGUAAACGUUGAAGAAUCAAAGUUAGUGAAGAAGUUUCUUAAAAGUUUGCCUCGGAAAAAAUACAUCCACAUCGUCGCCUCCCUUGAACAAGUGUUGGACCUGAAUGUCACUAGUUUCGAAGACAUCGUGGGGCGACUAAAGGCGUAUGAAGAAAGGAUAUCUGAAGAAGAGGAAACACAAGAAGAUGCAAACAAAAUGAUAUCGGCCACUACGCCUCAGAUUGUCCCGACCGGUUACUCAAACUACAAGAAGGCACAAGAGAGCAACAAUAGUGAAACACAAAGUGCAGAUGAAUUAUUGAUGCACGAGGUUGUUUACCUCAACGAGAAAAACUGCACACCAAGCGAAUAUGAGACAAACUCAGGAGAAGAUGAUUUGUGGUACCUUGACAAUGGAGUCAGCAAUCACACAACAGGUGACCAAAGAUACUUCUCAGAUAUUGAUGAGACAAUGACAGGAAAGGUGCACUUCGAUGAUGAUUCUCGGAUCGAUAUAAAGGGAAAAAGAUCCAUCUCAUUCACUGAUAUGAAUGGAGAGCCAAGGAAAAUGACAGAUGUCUACUUUAUUCCAGAUUUGAAAAGAAAACACGCAAGAAAGGUGUUCCCACAAGCAACGUCAUAUCGAGCAAGUAAGGCCCUCGAACUGGUACAUGGUGAUCUCUGCGGUCCCAUAACACAAACUACCUUAGCCAGGAAUAGGUACAUAUUUGUGCUUAUUGACGACUUCACCAGAUACAUGUGGACGAUUCUUCUCAAGGAAAAGGGUGAUGCGUUUUCAAAGUUCAAAAGGUUCAAAUCCCUUGUCGAGACAGAAGCAGGAGAAAACAUUCAAACGUUUAGAAUGGACAGGGGAGGAGAAUUUACAUCAAGCGAGUUUAACUCUUUCUGUGAUGCCUCGGGGAUAAAACGACAUCUCACUGCACCUUACACGCCCCAACAGAAUGGGGUCGUAGAGAGACAAAACAUGACUUUGAUGGGGAUGGCCAGAAGUAUCAUGAAAGACAUGCGAUUACCAAAUUAUCUUUGGGGAUAA